GCCCUCCGAGUACGACGCACGCACCGCGCUCGCUGCCACAGCGAAACUUUACUCGUUCGACGCAAAGUGAAUAAAGUGGUGUACUAAACGUUUACUCAUUCUGAUAAGUUCAAACUGACAUUUCUGGAUUUGUGUUGUUUAUGUUUGUUUUUGUGACCACAUUGGAGGUGAUUUUAUUUUCAAUACUGCCGUCUGUUUACGGGCUGCGGCUAGCGAGUUCGGGCGCCCGUUAUAAUGUGACCGGCGCACGACGACGCGCGUCUCUCCUCAAGGUGUUUGCGAUGUGGUAUACGUGGACGACGUUACUGCUGGUGUCGUGUGCACUAGUAAGGGCGGAGCCCGGAGCGGAGGGGCCGGCGCCGGCGCCUGUGGCGACCACCCGCGCACCGCCACGCACCCUCGACCGGCAAGCUGCCGAACUUGCAUGGAAAUCCUGGCUCCAAAGUCCUGAAAGCAACAAUCAAAAUGCUCCGCCACGAAGGAUUACUACUAAAUCUCUGUUUAUAACGCCUCUCAAUUGUCCCGAAGGACAAAGACUCGAUAGAAAUGGCUGUGUUCAGGUGGUGACUGUAAACAAAGAUGAGCACGAACGUAUCCUACUGGAGCAUCUGAACGCUUGGUUUGUGACUUCGGCUCCUGGUGGAGACGUACUCUACGACUAUGGCGAUGCUGACCCUGGGCCACUGCAACUUUCUAUACCCAUUGGAUUAGAUCCACAAGCUGCACCACUUCAAGGUCAAGAGCCAUCUUCACAGGCUCAAGAACUACAGCCAAAUUAUAUGAAAGUUGACAAGAAAGACACAAAUAAAGCAGACGGUGACGUCAGCAUAGAAGCUGAAUUAGAACUUCUGAAACUUCAAAAUACAGUGAACCCAAACACCACAGCAGUUCUUGAUAGUUCAUAUUUGGUAAACCAGAAUAUUCUGACGCACAAUUAUCCUGAUAAACCUAAACGUGAUAGCUCAAGUGUCAAUAUAACGGAAAGUGAAUCGCCGAGCAAUGUUACUGAUGAAGGACAAAAAGAAUUAGUUUAUGGACACGUUAACGUUGACCCUAUUCUUUACAACACAGAAACUCAAAAUCUAACAGAUUCUACAGAGGACUUAGAAUCAAGCAGCUUAACAGAAAUUGAAAAUAAUGCAACUUCUGUUAAUGUAGCUCAUGCAAACUCGUCAAAUGAAUCAAAUAAAAUAGAACAUACUAAUUCAAGUACUAAUGUUUUGAAAAAAGAUAGAGAUCCAAGCAAACUCAGCCCAGAGAAUGACUAUUCUGAUAUCGGAGAAGCUAUCAAAUUAAUAAGUCGAUAUGCCGAUGUCACUACUGAUGAUAACUUUACCAAAGAUCAAAAUAACAAUGGAAUGAAAGAGGACAGCAUUCUGGGUACUCGUACUAAACUUCAGUAUCGUCGAAAUAGGCCAAAAGACCAAAUCAGAGAAACAGCUCAUUUAGCGCCUGUUCACACACCGCUUGAAAUUGCUUAUAGUGAAAAAACCGCUACGCAUAAUGUGUUUCUCCCAAAAUAUGACGUUUACUACAGAUACCCAUGGCAAGGUCAACAUUCUCCGACGCCUCCACCUGACUAUCCGUUCCGGCAUUUACAAGAUUACUGGCCUGGUCGUAAUCAAGUAGGUGGUGUGUAUAACACCCAUGAGAACCCUCGGCGCCAUCACCAUUCGUAUCCACAUAACUUUCGGCUACACAACUACCCUCAUGCGGGAUACGCGGGCGUACCUCCAGCAUACCCAGAGCAAUUAAAGGGAUAUAUUCAUCGUGCAGUCCAACACCACGCCGACCCAAUGCGAGCUCACACAAACAACCAGGACCUCUACAGCCUUCUUGGCCUUAGACAUUGGUUCAGUAGUGAAGGGACAUCAAAAAGAUAGCUUGCUCCUUGUUACAUUAGACAAUUCGAUGUUACCCGACGACGUAUAAUGGAAGCUAUGGGACAAAUGAAAAUAUACUAUAACCACAUAUUCACCAUCAUGUUACAUUGGCACCUGCCUAGUCUCUACUUUACUUAAUUACUUGCAAGAUAGCAAUUGUGUAAUUUGUUAUCAAAUCUUAUUUCGGAUUCGAAGUCAUUUCUAUCCAUAGCUUUCAAUAUAUUAGCCUAUUUAUUUCAAAGCCAAAUAUUACAGUCAUAAUUAAGUUAUUAUUUUUUGUUAGAAAUUUUAAGUUCUGUAAAUAUUUCUUAAUUUUAAGUGUUUUAUUUUGCUAUAGUAUUAUCGUUGUUUUAUAUUAUGUUAAUGUAAAUUGUUCUAUUGAUGAUAAUUUUCGACUUAUAUUUAUUCGAUGUAUAUUUUUAUAUUAAUUUUUCGUUGUGAAUGUAUUUGUCUGUAGAUGUUCGAUGUUCGUACCUAAUAAGUAUCGCAAAAUAUACCUACCUAAUAGUGUUAAUUUAAGUAUUCUCAAAACGGAGUGGCACAUAGUUAAUUGCCGCAGUUUUUUCAAGAAACUAAGUAUUCGUUGCAGUUGAUAGGUGUAACCCAACUCAAUGUUUUGUGUUUAUGAUGUGUGUAGAUAUAGCUAGUAGGUAUUUGUUCGUAUUAUUAGUUCCAAACAAUCUAAAUGCAAAAUCGGACAUUUAAAACCCACCAAAACAUGUACUUCCGCAGAAUGCAUUAAGUAUAUUUUAUGUUUAUACUUGGCCACGUGUAUACUUGCCACACUAGUAGUAUGUAUAAUCAAUUAUAUAUGUAUAAGUUUUCUUAUCUCGAAUCGACUGCUGGAUAACUGUGUAACUGGCGACAUAUAGCUAAGUGAAAGCCGUGAUUCGAGAGUACUCGCAUUUCGAAAUACAUUCACAUUUCUGUACUUUCGUAAGGGCGUAAUACCUGCAUUACCGAACUAUUACACUAUUACACAUUAACGAUCCCACCAAAGCUUAGUUUAAGUAUUUAGUUUUUUGUCA